UUCGCCCUAACAAAAGCGUGCUACAGACGGAAAUCAAAUUCCCGGGUUCGAAGAAAUUCUCCUGCCAUCUAGCCAGCCAUGGAAUACGAUUACAGGAACAGAACAGGAUCUCCUUACGAUACACAAUUGCCGCCGAUGUACGGCAGACCAGCAACUGGCGCUCCACAUCCACAUCCACAUCCACAUCCACAUCCCAUGUACGGUCAACAAGCUCCCGGACUAUAUCCUAGGGUUGGUCAACCCUCCGGCGGCGGCCGUAACCCUCCUAUUCAUCACACCUCUUCUCCGUCUUCCAACACUGGAAUUGGCAUCAGAGUUGCUAUUAAACCUGAAUAUCGGAUUACACCUCCGCCUCCGCUGUCAACACAAGUGGGAGACAUUCCUCGGAGCACAUUCAACUUUGAUUUUGACUUUGAGAAAAAGAUUCUGGCCGAAGCAGAAAAGGAAAGCCAGAACUGGAGCAGGCUAGGGCUGGAAAAUCUUCCAUCUAGAUUGCCAGAACAAACUAACACGGGAUCCACUGGAGAUUCUGUUAUAAACAAAUACACUUCAUUUGGUUUCAACAGAGAGGCUGUGGCCAUAGCGGUUGCAAAUUAUGGAGACAACCCGAUCAAGGUCAAGGAAUUUGCCGAGAGAUAUACUCGCUUGAAAGAAGAGAUGGGAUUCUCACCAAACAGUGUUGCAGAUGCCUUACUAUUGAAUGACAACGAUACAGACAAGGCGAUAUCUCAUUUGAUUGGCAAUUCAUCAUAAUAGUUUUUAUGAUCACGUCUUCUGUAAAAAUAAAAUAAAUUUUUUGAGAAUGUAAUGAAGGUGUCAGUACAUUAUAAUGUCAUUGUAAAUGUAUUUUAUGCUUGUGCAGAUAGAUAUUUUCUGAUAAGUCCUAUUAACUUUAGAUAAGUGAUGUUUGGCAUUGAUAUGAUA